AUGCCGCCCACGCCGCCGCUUCUUUGUUUUGUGAGCGCUGGCAGCGGCCGUCCUGUCACCUGCCGCCAGAGCCCCGCCUGCCGCCCAGGAAUGUCGCCACAAAACAAACAGCCGGCCGGUUCGCGACGCUGCGCCGCGGAAGGGGUGUGGCGUCUCAGCAGCGACACGAACUUGGCAAUCCGCGCCGCCCGCCAUUCCGGCCGACGCGCCGCCCGGAACCAAUCCCGCUCGGCCGGCGCCCGCGCUGAGGCGCGACGCCAGCGCCGCGUCGCGACGCUUCACCACGCCGCGCCGCGCGACGCCGCUGGCCGGACGCCGCCGCCGCCUGGGCCGGCGACGCCGCGGCUGCGGCUUUACGACGCGCGGCCGCCGCCAACAAAAGAAGGCGACGCGACGCCGGGCCGGCGCUGGCGGCCGGUGCUGUCAUCUUCCCGCCCUGCCAUCCCCUCCCCCGGUCCUCGGGCGGCCCCCUCCACUUCCCCCCCACCACCAGCGCCGCCGGCGGCGUCGCCACGCCCACCGGCGCGCCACGGGGAGGAACUGGAGUCGGGCCGCGCGCAGUACACCGUUGAUACUGGCGCGGCCUCGUGA